ACGCGGAAGUGCCGAGCGGAAUCGUCCCAGUGCUCCCAGUAAGGCCCAGCUCGCUCCCAGCAGCGCUCCCAGUCCCCCCCAGUCCAUCCCGGUCCCUCCCAGUUCAUCCCGGUCCCUCCCAGUCCCUCCCAGUCCGUCCCAGUCCCCCCCAGUGCCUCCCAGUCCCUCCCAGUCCAUCCCAGUCCCUCCCAGUUUGUCCCAGUCCCACCCAGUCCAUCCCAGUUCAUCCCAGUCCUGCCCAGUUCAAGCCCAAUCCCGAAGUCUCGCGAGAUUUCCGCGUCCUGCGGAAGCGGCAGCGCAGGAGCCGCGAUGAACCUGGAGCGUGUCUCUAAUGAGGAGAAGCUGCAGCUGUGCCGGAAAUACUACCUGGGUGGGUUCCUGCUGCUGCCCUUCCUGUGGCUGGUGAACGUGGUUUGGUUUUUCCGCGAGGCGUUCCUGGCCCCGCCCUUCGGGGAGCAGCCGCGCAUCAAACGCUACGUGCUGCGCUCGGCGCUGGGGGCGGGGCUCUGGGGGCUGGGCCUGGGCGUGUGGGUGGGGCUGUUCCAGACCCGCCGCGGCCAAUGGGGAGCCCUGGGCGACGCCCUCAGCUUCACCCAGCCAAUGGGAGAGCCCUGAGCCCCGGCGGCGGCCAAUGGCGGCGCAGCAAGGAGCGAUGACGUCACCCCCACCCCACCGGAGCCCCGCCCCUUUCCCCAAAUAAAGGCAUUGACCACGCCCACACCCAAA